AUGACAGCACUGGCUGUGUCUGAUCCCGGGCUGGAGCGCAGGGCAAGGCUGAGCACGGCGCGGCAUCGACACACGAACAGCAGCAGCUCCUGGCACAUCCCAGCCUCAGCCCAGGUUCCUGCUGGCCCAGACUGCGGCUGUCGCCUGCCCCGGGGUUGGGGCUCCCAUGAGCCCGUCAGGCCCAUGCUCCACUCCGUCCAGCAGCCCCAGCCGGUCCCUCCUCUGCCGGCACCGCGGGCGCAGCCGGUCCCUCCUCUGCCGGCACCGCGGGCGCAGCCGGUCCCUCCACAGCCAGCACUGACUGGGCACAGCCAGUCCCUCCACAGCCAGCGCCACAGGCACAGCCGAUCCCUCCUCUGCCAGCGCCGUGGGCACAGCCAGUACCUCUCCAGCCAGCGCUGCGGGCACAGCCAGUCCCUGCACAGCCAGCGCCGCGGGCACAGCCGGUCCCUGCACAGCCAGCGCCGUGGGCACAGCCGGUCCCUCCUCUGCCGGCACCGCGGGCGCAGCCGGUCCCUCCUCUGCCGGCACCGCGGGCCCAGCCAGUCCCUUUCCAGCCAGCACCGCACAGGCACUGCCAGCCCCUCCCUAGUGAGCCGCGCGGGCACAGCCGGCCCCUCCCCAGGGAGUCCCACGGGCACAGCCAGCCCUCCGAUGGCCCAGGGCGUCAUUUAUGCAGACCUGAGGUUCGUGAAGGCCCCUCGGGGGAACAGCACGUCCUUCAGGUCCCAGGAGGAAGCACCCGCAGACGAGGACGAUGUGGAGCUCACCUACGAGAACAUCCAGCUGGCCCAGACUGGGGAGGUGGAGCAGGGGCAAGGGGCAGAGAAGAACAAAGAGCCCAGGUGGAGCACGCGGUACCUGCCCCUCGGCCUGCUGGGGACCUGCCUCUUCCUCCUGGCCACCACCAUCGGCCUGGGGGUUCGCUACUGGCAGGUUUCCCAGCAUCUGCAGCAGGCGUCCCGAGUGCACGAGGCAGAGAGCAGCCGCCUCUCCCAGCAAGUCAGCACCAAGGGCGCGACCCUGGCACAGAUGGCGAGGGAGCUGGAGCAGGCCAGGCGGGAGCUGGGGCAGGCCAGGGAGGAGCUGGAGCAGAUGCAGCUGGAGAUGAACGGCACCCAGGAAAAGUUGCGACAGUGGGAGGCUGCUUUAGAGGGAACGAAGGAGGAGCUGGCGAGGGUACAGGAGGAGAAGAGAGAAAUUAAAGAGAAGCUGAACCAAACGAAGAGUGCCCUGGCCAGCAUCCGCCCCUGCGAGCAGACAGACUGCUGCCCGGCAGACUGGGUGUUGUACAGAGGAAAGUGCUUGUUCAUCUCGAAGGAGAAGACGAAUUGGGAAGAAAGCAGAAAAGAGUGUGAACAGAAAUCUGCUCAACUUCUCAUUGCCAAAUCCUGGGACACGGAGACAACGCCGAAUUUUCUGAAACAUACUGGUAUGCAGUAUUGGAUUGGAGCCAGGAGAGACUGGUAUGCAAGAUCACAGUGGAAGUGGCUUGAUGACUCGCCCUUUGAAAAGGGUUAAUCCUGGAACUUAUCUCGCUGCCGUGUGUCACCUGGGAAGAGCGGGAGGGUCUUCUACAGCAAUGCG